AUGGGGUGGCCGAGGACCAAGAGAGGAGAUCGGCGGAUUGACGCCGCCAUUGACCACCUCGUCCCGUACGGUUUCUCCAAGCCCCGAAUCCGCAAGAUCAUCAACGAACUCCUCAAGGUAGCUGUUGCUCCCCUUUCUCAGAAAUCUUUCUUGGCAAUUGGCAUCUUGCCAUCGAGUAGCCUGUACGGGAAAGAUGGGUGGUUUUUACUGGAGGAGGAUUCAUACCGUGUCGUGCUUGACAGACUCCUGGAAGAACAGGCGCAUCAGGAUCAGAAACAAGAAGCAGCAGCUGCAGAAGAGGCAUCACCACAAAAUGGUAUGGAAGUUUCAUGUGUGGAUGGUGAGGCAUCGAAUGAAUCUCAGUCAGCCUUUGAACGGCAAGCUUCUCCCAACAGUUCACCUCCCCUGGAAUAUGUGCUGCCACUGCCUCCAGCCAAAGGGCCUCCUCGUGCAAGGCCUCCCUGCUAUGGAUGGAUUAGUGAAGAGUCUGACACUGAGAGUGAACCAGAGGAUGGAGAAAUGCUUUCUGAUGUAGCAAGGCCUAUAAUUUUUCCAAAAAAGGAUGUACCAAAUCCUGUGGAAACGUUGCCUCCUAAGAGGAAGCGACCAAGUAGAUGGGAUGUGUGCCCUAACUGGAGGCUGUCUUUGAGCACCGUGAAUGCAAACAUAGAUGUGGGAGCUAGAGAGAUCAAUCUUAACAUCAAUGGCAAGGAAGAAAAGUAUGUGUUCGAGACACGAGUGGAACAAUGCUCAUAA